CUGGCCCCUCCCCGCUGCCCGCCGAAUGGCCGGUUCGGGUUCCUGCGGAUCCGGGGCGCGCGGGGCGGUUGGUCUCGCGACGUUUCCCGAGAGCGCUGCGGGUGCGGGGAGCCGGAGUGAGCCGGUCGCGGGCAGGGACAGGACGGGACGGAGAGUCGUCUGGCCACCCCCGGAACAAUGGACAAAAGGGAAGAGUCCAGGGGUCACCUGGACCCGCCGGCCGUCUUUGGAGCCCCCAGACCCACCGGUCCUAGGGGGCUGAUUCCUCCCUCGCAUUUCCAGAGCCGGUCGGCGCCUCCCCUGGUUGCUUCUGGAACAGCUUCCUGGAGGGCAGGGCCCCCCUGCUGGCAGCCCCAGGAGCUCAGGGAGCUGAGGCAGGAGAACCAGCGCCUCCGAGAUGAGCUGCAAAGAUGGACAGCAGGGGGCGCUAGGGCACCCAGGGGGAGGGCAGGAGCGGAGCUGGAGGAGCCUGGAGUGUGGAGCAGGUCCCUGGACAGGGAGGCGGAGCCCCCAGCUGCCCAUCAUGCCCUGGCCAUAUCCCAGCAGGCCGAGCUCAUUUCCCACCAGCUCCACGAGAUCCAGCGGCUGGAGGCGGAGCUAGCUGGGCUCCGAACUGCCGUUCUCCAGCAGGAGGCCAUGGUGGCUGCCAGGGAGAGCACCGUGGCCUGCCUGCAGGGGGAGCUGGAGCAGCUGAGGGGGAGGAGCCAGGCUGAGGGGGAGGCCCUGAGGGCGGAGCUAGAGGAGCAGAAGAGGUGUGGCCAGGCAGAAGCUACUGCCCUGAAGGCAGAGCUGGAAGAGUUGAGGAGGCGUGGCCAAGCAGAAACUAAUGUCCUGAGGGCGGAGCUAGAAGAGCAGAGGAGGUGUGGCCAAGCAGAAGCCGACGCCCUGAGGGCAGAGCGAGCGGUGGCCACUGAGCAGCACCAGCAGGAGCUGGUGCUGGCGCGGCGGGAGCUGCAGGCGGCGCUGGAGGAAGGGAAGGCCCAGACCCAGAGGGCAACAGAGCGCCUGCAGGGGGCGCUGGGGGAGCACCAGGCCGAGCUCUCCCGUCUCUGUGUGGCCCAUGGGGCUGAAGUUGGCUCCCUGCAGCAGCGGGCUCUGCAGCUGGAGCAGGAGCUGGAGGCCAGGGGACGGGAGCGCCAGAGCCUGCAGGAGCAGCUCAGCACGGCCCAGGCGGAGCUGGCCUCCCAGCAGGCCCUGCUGCAGCAGCUACGGACCUAUGUGGGAGAGCAGGGGAGCGGGCUGGGCCCCGAGAGGCAGCUGCUGCUUGGCCAGGUGCAGCGCCUAGAAGGGGAGCGCGACGCCCUGAGGACGACGGCAGAGCUGCUGCGGCUCAGACUGGCCUCGCUCAGCGACAUCCUGGCCCUGCAGGAGCUGGAGCUGACCAGGAAGCCCUGUGACCCCCUGCAGCCCGAGCCAGCCCAGAAGAGCCAGUCCCUGCUGAGCCGCUGGCGGGAGAAGGUCUUUGCCCUCAUGGUGCAGCUCAGAUCCCAGGAGCUCGGCCACGCGGAUGCCACCAACCUGCUCCAGAGGAAGGUCUCAGAGCUGCAAGGUGAAGUGGAGUCGAGGGACCAGAAGGUGGCGCUGCUGCUUCACAGCCUUCAGGAUAAGACAGCUGAGGCCGAUAUGGAACGAGUGAACAACAAGACGCUCCGGGCCGAGCUGUCUCACUGGGAGGACUCAGGGCAGCGUCUCCAGCGCCGGGCGGAAGCGGCCGAGGGUGCCUUGCGGGGUCUUGUGGAGACCGUGAGCAGUCUCCACCAGCAGGUUGGGGGGCAGGAGGCAGAGCUGAAGGCGGCCGCAUCGAGCCUGGCAGGGCUGGGAAACCGAGUCACCUUCGCCGCCAAGAGAGUCGACACCAUCCAAGGGCUGGUGUCUCGUAAAGUGGCCCUGGCUCGACUGCAGAGAGACGAGCAGCCCAAGGCCGCUGGGUCGGAGAACGACGGCCCAUCCUACGAGGCUCUCCGGGCCGAGCUGGCCCUGCUGCACCAGGAGCGGGACCAUCUGGUGGCCGAGCUGAAGAAGGGGGCCCAGGUCCUCGAGCAGCAGGUGGCCGAAGCCCGGGAGAAAGCGGAGCGGGAGCUGCGGGAGGCGACGUGGAGCCUGCAGGGGGCGCUGGAGCAGGAGGCGGAGCGGGAGCGGCGGCGGCAGCAGGGGCAGCUGGAGGGGGUGCAGCGGGAGCUGCAGGAGAGCCUGGAGGCGGCCGAGGGGCUGAGACAGGAGCUGGCUGGGCUGCGGCAUGAAUAUGAGAGAGCGCUACAGGAGAAGGUGACGGAGGUGGAGGCCCGGCUGCGUCGGGAUCUCUCGGAGCUGGAGCAGAGGCUCAACGAGGCCCGAAGGGAGCACACGAAGGCCGUGGUUGCCCUGCGUCAGGCCGAGCGCCAGGCAGCCCGGGACAAAGCCAGGAGCCAGGAGCUGGCGCGACUGCAGGAGGAAGCCAAGCGGGAGGCGACGGGCCGGCUGGGGGCGCGGCUCCAGGCGCUGGAGAGAGACAAGAACCUGCUGAUGGCCACCCUGCGGCAGGAGGGGCUCCUGGCCCAGUACAAGCGGAACCGGCUGGCGGCCCAGCGGGACCCAGGGGAGCCAGGAGGGAGCGGGCAGCAGCCACCGCCGGGGAAAGGGGGAGCCCGGCCUCCCUCCAAAGAGACCUUGGCUGCAGUGCUGGACGACCUGCAGAGCCUCAGCACGGCCCUCCUGCGGGAGGAGGACGAGGAGACGCCGCCAGAGGAGGAAGGCAGCGCCGAGGAUGAGGAGGGGCCGCCCUGAUGGGGGGGCGGGGAGCUGCCCCCCCAUCUGGCAGCUGGUUUUCAUAGAUGUGGAAUAAAGAUCGUUUGCAUUAAACACGA